UUACGUGUUUGACGAGGGUCAAGUUAACCUUUGUGUAUUUGCGACAAAUCCGCGAAAUAUUACAUAUUUGCAGCAUAUGCAGUUACCCGAAACAGGAUUCAACAAAAAUUUGCCAACAGUUUUCGUGAUCCAUGGAUUUCUCUCUGGAUAUGAUUUCAUUGAGUUAUUCCGAGCAGGAUAUGGGACUGAUUUGACGAGAAAGCUGAAUCUAAUUGGAAUUGAUUGGUCUAGGGGAGCCGGAACUUGGGUUUUGGACUAUUGGCGGGUUUUGCGUCGGAUCUCAACAGUUGGAAGUGCAGUCGGACGAUUUAUCAUGGCGGCAAUUAAAGAUAACGUCAUAUCCGAUCCGAAUUCUAUUCACGUCGUUGGCCACAGUUUAGGGGCUCAUAUUGCCGGCUUUGUUGGGAAAUAUAUGGCUGAAAGUGGACCAAAUUCAAUUAAAUUACGGCAUAUUACUGCUCUCGAUCCAGCUGGUCCAUAUAUUGGAAGUUAUGAAUGCCCUCGUAGACUGUGCGACACUGAUGCUUCAUUUGUGGAAACCAUUCACACGAAUGGAGGAAUGCUCGGUAGGUGGAAGCCGAUUGGACAACUUGAUCUGUACGUGAAUGGAGGACGUAGGCAAUCAGGUUGCAUACUCCCAACGUGCUCACACUCUUUUUCGCAUAAGUGGUAUAGAAGCGUGAUGACCGGUACACCCGAAACAGAUGGAUGGCUGUGUAAAGAUCUUAAUGAAAUGGAAAAUGAACUGUUCUGCAAGCAGGCCGGUAAUCCACGUAAAUAUCGUUUCGAAAUCUUAGAAAUAAGAACAAGAGAACUUGGCAUUGUGUAUCUACCUACUCCAGACUACGCCUACACUACCAUAAAUAGAACAGAAGUAUUCACAAACCAACCGAAUGACUACACCAUCGUCAUUUUUGCUAGCAAUAACGACAAGGGUCUAGUUCUCGCUUCACUUCUAAGUGACAAUGGUCAACUUAUAGUUCAACACCACAACAAUGAAGUGAUUAUCGUAAAUCCGUCGAAUCCGGCCUGGUCGCCGGAUCCAAAGUACCACUUUUGCCGCGAAGUACAGCCGGAUGGUAUUGAAAACUGUUUACGUGAUUUGAGAAAACCUUUCAAAUUUGUUGUUGCAUUUGAUGUUGACGAUAUGUUCACGGACCCAUUCUGGGAGAUGCUCUUUUAUUUGGCAAAAUAUGAUUCUCAAGAUCAAGUCUUUUCGAAUAAGUUACAAAUGGUAGCAACAAACAUUCCACAUGACGGAAUUGUGUUGCAGCAGCAUAUCGACGAGUUAAAAGUUGCAAUUGAUAAUGCAUUGCAAGUUCAUUACGCGGCCGUAUUUCAGAUGGCUGGAAUGCACGUGAUUGAACACAACGGUGUUAUUGCACAAAUGUCACAACUUGUAUCUGAACUGGUCGAUAUUAAGAACGCUGUAGACCAUUGAAGUGAAUUUCGCAGAGAACGUCAGAUUUUAUGAACUCUUAAUGAAAACGUCAACUGCGAAACAAAACGAUUUUCAAAUAUUGACUCUCAAGGAUUUUGUUCAGUCAAAAUGCCAGUGUGUACAGCUUGAUAAGUGCCUCUAAAUAAAGAUGUUAUGAUU